AUGCAUAUCCCUAUGGUCUCCCCUAAGAUUCCUAAAGGAAAAUGGAUGAAAUGGGCUCCUCCUCCUUUUGGUAUUUUGAAGUUGAACACAGAUGGUUCUUCAAGGAAUGGCAUGGCAGCAGGUGGUGGCAUUAUUAGGGACUAUAAGGGCUCCGCUUUGGUUGCUUUUUCUACCUUUUAUGGCCCAGGUACCAACACAUUUGCAGAAGCCAGAGCUCCCCUUUUUGGUCUGAUGCUUUGUUACAGAUUAGGCUACUCCAAAGUAGCAGUGGAGAGUGAGAAAAAAUCAUUUUUGAUAGCAUCUGUGGAGGUGCAGUCCCUUGGACAGCCCCUUAUAUGA